AUGAAUCUGUCGCUCAUCGAUCCGUUUGUCCUCGCCCAGGACUACCCAGACUCGCUGACGGGCAAAUUGCGUGACGGCCAUGCCACCUGCCUACGCUUCAACCGCAAGGGAGACUACUUGGCGUCUGGACGAGCGGACGGAACGGUGGUGAUCUUCGACCUCGAAACCAACGGGGUAGCGCGCAAACUACGCGGACAUACGAGACAGAUCCAGUCGCUGAGUUGGUCUCGUGAUGGGCGGUAUCUAUUGAGCUCGUCGCAGGACUGGAAAUGUAUUCUCUGGGACUUGAAAGACGGAUCACGGGUGCGGAUUGUGCGUUUCGAAGCACCCGUAUACAUUGCGGAACUACAUCCGUUCAACCACCUGCUUUUUGUCGCCUCGCUGUUCGAAGAUCAACCGGUCCUGGUGGACAUCUCGACCCCCAAAGCCGUUAAACGGAUUCUACCCUCGGCGCCUCUGCGGGCCCCGAUCCCCAACGGGGAGGAGGUCGACCCGGCGGUGGCGGCAAAGCAGGCUGCGCAGGACGCGAAACAUUCGACGUGCGUGACGGUAUUCACCGCCCUGGGCAACCACAUCAUCGCGGGCACGUCCAAGGGAUGGAUCAACCUCAUCGAGACGCAGACCUGCCAGACCAUCCACUCGGCACGGCUGUGCAACGGGGUGGUGAUUCUGCUGCGGCUGGCGGGCAACGGACGGGACGUGCUGGUCAACAGCUCGGACCGGGUGAUCCGGACGCUGCUGAUGCCGGACCUGUCGCAGCUCGGGGUUGGGCUGGACGCGAGCGAGAUCAAAAUCAGCGUGGAGCACAAGUUCCAGGACGUGGUCAACCGGCUCAGCUGGAACCACGUGGCGUUCUCGUCGACGGGCGAGUUCGUGACGGCAACGACGUACAUGAACCCGGACAUCUACGUGUGGGAGCGCAGCCAUGGCUCGCUGGUGAAAAUCCUCGAGGGCCCGCGCGAAGAGCUGGGCGUCGUCGAGUGGCACCCGUCCCGCCCGCUCGUCGUCGCCUGCGGCCUCGAGUCCGGCUGCAUCUAUACCUGGUCGAUCGUCAGCCCGCAGAAAUGGUCCGCCCUAGCGCCCGACUUUGGUGAAGUCGAGGAAAAUGUCGAGUACGCCGAGCGCGAGGACGAGUUCGACGUCCAUCCCGCAGAAGAGAUCCACCAGCGUCGCCUCGACGCAGAGGACGAGAUCCCCGACGUGCUCACCAUCGAGCCCGUCAAGGGCGAAACUACAGAUCCAGACCUCGACGAACACGGCAACACCGCUGCCACCGCCUUCUUCCGCAUGCCCGUUCUGCUCGACAUCUCCGACAGCGAAAGCGAAGAGGACAUCGUCGCCGUCGGCCCGGGUACCAUGCGCCGCCGAAGUCCCGGCGCAGGCCGCGACUGGAUGAAUACAGACGACAAUUCAGGUACGGAUGGUGCAAGUACGAGAAACGGAACGACUCGACGAGGACGACGUAAAUAAGUUUUUUUUUUUUUCUUUUUUUCUUUUUUCUCCCCCUUUCCUUCUCUUCAUUUAUCUUUUGUCCAUUUUGGUGGAGUUGGGCCAGGCAGUUGGGUAGACAGGGCAUUCGAUUCGUCUUUUACUUUUAUUUCACUUGACAAAUCAAAUCGUACUCAUUCAUAGCAUCACAUUUAUUAUACGCAACUCAUAAAGCUACAUGCUAUCAUCUAGCGACAAGCAAUCGAGAAUGGUUCAGUUUGUAUACAUCCCUCCCUCCCUUAUUGUUCAUUAACGCUUUCAAAACAGAAAUCGAGAUCAACGCCAUUGUAAAUGGGAUGGUGAGAUGGCAUAUUCAAAAGAUAGGGGGUGAAAUGAACAGGAGUUUUUUAAACGUAGAUAUCACCGAGGCCGUUUAAGCAUGGGAGUAACCUUUCAAAUCCAACCCGGAACGCCACGAAUGCUGGUACUGGAAACAUAGAAGAG